AUGUCCAUUGAGCGCGCCUUGAACUUGACCAGUGUCGCGGAGGCACAAUCCCUCUACGACGACUGGGCCGAGAAUUACAAUCGCGACUUGCUAGGCGCAGACCAAGAUUACAUCGCACCAGUCCUUGCCAGCGAACAUGUGGUCAAGUAUGUCGGUCCGUCUGCCAUUGCAAAGUCGAAAAUCCUAGAUGCUGGGUGCGGAACAGGCCUUGUCGGAGUCAAUCUCGCGAAGCUCGGAGCCACGCAGAUAGAUGGCAUAGACCUCAGUCAAGGGAUGCUGAAGGUCGCUGAGAGAUCUGGUGCGUACCAGUCUCUGAGCACUACAGACCUUUCCAAGCCUUUGAUGCAGGCCUCUGACUACUACGAUGUCGUCGUUUGCGUCGGUACUAUGACUGAGGGUCACGUGGGACCCGAAGCUUUUGACGAGUUUGUGAGGAUUGUCCGCCCUGGCGGGUUCGUUAUCGCAACUGUGUACGAGGCUGUAUGGGACAAGGACGGAUAUAAAGAAAAGGUCAGCUCACUUGACAAGCUAAAGAAAGUGAAACUUUUGAGCGCCCAGUUGGAAGACUAUAGACGUGGAGCGCGUGCGGUCAUGGUUAUUCUUCAAGGACAAUGA